CAAUUUAACCAAUUCUCAGCUGGUGAGAACAAAUAAAUGAGUUUUUCUUCCGUUUUUGCAGUGAAUUAUUAAUCUAACACCCGAAGAGAAUCAACACAAUUACUCACGGUAUCUAUGACAGCAAACGAAUUGCAAAAAACGGGAAUUAAAUGAUAAAAACGAAGUAAUAACCCUCUUUCUAUCGGUUUACGCGGACGUUCAUUUACUCGCUUCGUUUAUUCUGGAAAGUCAUUGUGAUGUGACAAAAAAACCAAAUCGAUAUUUAUUCAUGAUUUGCCAGAUUUAGAUUUAAAGAGUUGCGAAAUACAUAACUGAGAAUCAAAAACCAAACAGACAACGGGAACAUCAGUUCUGAACACUCUAGGCAAACAAAUAAAUUAACAACAAUUCAGAAUACCAUCAGAUCGAGAAAAAGAGAAAAAUCAGCAAAAAAAAACAUGGCUGUGGCAACGACGACGGGAGCGCAGGCAAACUAUAGUCAAACUUUGAGUGUAUCGGAGGGUAUGGACGUGGAGGACUACAAACCUAAAGGAUUUUGGCUAUUUCGACUAUUACGCAAUUGGACCACAAGUUCGCCCAUGAUGCUAAGGGCAGUGGAAAAGAAGAUUUUGUCUUUUUUGAAGACACCAUAUCGGGGAUUCUUUGUCGAUAUUGGACCGGCCAUAGGGGAAGCGGACAAAAUAUGGACUGUGAGCUUCAACACAGAGUCCAAAGAAAUUCCCCUAGUUAUGCUGCAUGGUUUAGGUGCGGGCGUGGCCCUAUGGGUCAUGAAUUUCGAUACUUUGGCUAAAGACCGGCCGGUGUAUGCUAUCGAUAUUUUGGGAUUUGGUAGAAGCUCUAGGCCAAAAUUUUCCUCGGAUGCUCUGACCUGUGAGAAACAAUUUGUGAAAUCUGUGGAAGAAUGGCGGCGUGAAAUGAAUAUACAAAAUAUGAUAUUGUUGGGUCAUUCCAUGGGCGGCUUUAUUGCUUCCAGUUAUGCUCUAUCGUAUCCCGAUAGAGUGAAACAUUUAAUAUUGGCCGAUCCCUGGGGUUUCCCGGAGAAGCCCUCAGAUGCUUUAUCCAGCAAACAAAUACCACUUUGGGUAAGAGCUUUGGCGCAUGCCCUAACGCCUUUAAAUCCCUUAUGGGCCCUUAGAGCGGCUGGUCCAUUUGGACAAUGGGUAGUACAAAAGACCAGACCAGACAUUAUGCGCAAGUUUUCUACAACCGUUGAGGACGACAUAAGCCUCAUACCACAGUACAUACAUCAAUGCAAUGCCCAAUAUCCUAGUGGCGAAUCGGCCUUUCAUAGCAUGAUGGAAUCUUUUGGUUGGGCCAAGCAUCCCAUGAUUCACCGCAUUAAAGAUGUACGCCACGAUAUACCCAUGACAUUUAUAUAUGGAUCCCGUUCGUGGAUCGAUUCCUCUUCGGGUGAAAAAAUCAAAGCCCAACGUGGCAACUCUGUGGUCGACAUCAAGACAGUUAAUGGCGCUGGCCACCAUGUUUACGCAGACAAGCCGGAAAUCUUCAAUCGUUAUGUAAAUGAAACUUGUGAUUUAUAUAAAAUACGACAACUAAUAAGGGAAGCAACCGAAUCGGAUGAAGAGCACGAUCUGGCCAUAUCCUCAAAUGCAGGCGUCUCCGGAGCCCAAUCCAAGGAGGCAGAAUCGGAUUCAGCGAUAAAACCAACCGCAUCAUCAUCAUCAUCUAAUAACGACAACGACAGCACAACACCUUCUAACCCCAAGCCAGAGAAUAGCGUUCAAUGAUGGUUGGUUCAAUAUGGCACCGACAUGUUUUAUCGGUUAUUUUCUAAUCCGAAUAUGGUUUGAAAAGUUUGUGAAGAUGUGUUAUCUGUUGUGUAUUAUAUAUGUGUAUGUCUUACUCCCCCCUCUAGCUGUGUAAUUUUGAUUUUCUUUUCUCAUUCUUUUCAUGAAUAGUAUUAAUUAAAAUUCCCCCUCCCCACCUCUUACUACUUCUACAGCAACAAAUGCACAGCAUAGGCUUAAAUUAAAUACAAUUAUGUUUAAUUAUACUUGCAAUUUACAGCAAAUCUUGCACACACACACACACACACUCACACAAGUUUGUUUGUAAAAUGUAUGUACAAGGAAUAGCGAAAUCGGAACAAAAUAAGGCAAGUUGUAAAAAAGUUCAAUGUAUGAACGGCGGAAGCCAAAUCGAUAAUAGGCUUAGCCUUAAACGUGAAUGUGAUCCAUUGUGUGAUUGGACACGAGCUAAAAGAUCAAAUACAUAAUUUGCCUCCUAUUAGCGAUUGUUUGUAUACACCACUCUAUUAUUAUUAUUGUUAUAUUAGUUUGUAGUAAAGCGUUUCAACGUAUUUUUGUAAAACUAUUACUUUUAUUAAUAAAUAAAAUAAACUAUUAAUUUGUAUUUAUAAAUUAA